CAACAAUUUUCAUGGUUGAACUUUGUUCGUUUUGGGCAGCAUCACAUUCUUUGAGUUAAAUUGAUACAACAAUAAUUGUUACUAUUCCAGGUGAUGAUCCUGCGAUCCACCUGCUAAAGUGUGUUAUGGAAGAAGAAGCGAAAAGGAGUGUGCGUGCCAAAGUAGAGGAAAUGUGGCAAGCCAUCAAGACUAAUGUACUGAAGCCUCAAAAACGAAAAAUUCAGGAUUUAGAGAGAGAAGUGCAAGGCCUUAGGCCCCUGAAGAUGAAAGCUGACGAACUUGAGCAAGAACUAAAAAAUCUAAUCAACGGCAAUGAGGCAAAUUACACCAAGUAUUCUGAGGAGAUUGAAAAGCUACAAUGUAAAGUUUUGGAGUUAGAGAAGAGGACCUUAACUGAGGUCCUGGAUUCUGAUGAUGAUGUUGAUGAAGAAGAAGAUGACAAUGUUGAGGGCAGUAGUGACUUACUGCAAAAUGCGCAAGAAACCUACUCUGAUUUGGAGGUUGACUUGUGGGGAAAGAAAUCUGGUGGUUCACUGGAAGAGUCUGGUGAACAUAAGGAUUCACUAAAAUCUAAGAAAGCUAAGGCAACCAAUGUCACCCAAAAAAAUGCCAAUAGCACCUCAAAAAAAAAGACUACGAAUAGAGGAAGGCCAUUAGGGAGUACAAAUAAGACAACCCCCAAAGAAAAGCUGGCUGAAGAAAAUAAAGCUCUACAAAAGAAAAUUAAGGAGCUAGAAAGUAAGGUGAAACCUAAGAAUGCAAAGAAGUAGCAGAGCAUUUUUUCCCUCUCAAAUGUCUUCUCAUUAAUUUUACAUUCAAUCAGAAUUUUCAUAUGUACUUUUUUUUUGAAGUUGUGAAUUUUUAU